GAAUUCGGAAGGAAUCUCUCAGACACAGAUCUCCAUCCCCUCCCUAGGUCAACUGCAAACCCUUUCCAGGUGUCUCUGCCCAGAGUGUCAGGGCACACUGCAGCUUUGGCCUACCGUGCUCCAAGAGUAUGAGGACUUAAAACUGUGAAGGUUGCAGAAGAGAAUUAUGUUUGGGGCAGGUCUUUAGCCUUCAGGAAAACCUGCUGCCAGUGGUCAGGCAGUUUGGUUACUCUCACUCCCCUGGGCCCAGGAGGCUCUGAACAGGCUCCGGGAGCUGUGCUGUCUGUGGCUGAGGCCGGAGGUGUACACCAAGAAGCAGAUCCUGGAGCUGCUGGUGCUGGAGCAGUUCCUGGCCAUCCUGCCAGAGGACCUGCAGGCCUGGCUGCGAGAGCACCGACCGGAGAACGGAGAGGAAGCCACGACUAUGCUGGAGGAGCUGGAGAAAGAGCUUGAUGGGCCAGCAGAGCAGGACACAGCUCAUAGCCAAGGAAUGAUGGAGAAGGAAAUGGCAUCCUCAGGAGCACUGAAGUCUCUGAGUAUCCAGCUCCAGCCCUUGGAGAAUCAGUGUCAGUGCAAGAGUGAGACUCAGGAGCCCCAGGCUUCCCAUGAGAGAGACACUGUUGCUUCUGAAGGCUUGGUGACCAAAGCUGCUGUGGUAAGAGGAGUGGUGAACUUGGCGGGGAGGCUUGUGUCCAAAGGUUGUGGGAUUAUUACUGAGUGAGGGCAAGCAGAAGUCUGAAGGCUUCAUAUGGAUAGAGGGUUGCCUUUUCUUAUAAUGACAAUCACAUGAUUUCAUGUUCUUAAUAUCAUUUAAUACUUGUUUUCUUAUUGUGAAUUAAUUGUAAAUGUUGAUAAUACAGAAAAUGAGAAAGUAUAAAUCACCCACAAUCCCACUCACUACCCACAGGAACAUUGUUAUCAUUUGGAAUUCUAUUAGUUUUUUUCUUUUUUAUCCUAACCUAAUAUUUUUUGGUAAAAUCUUGUUUGGUAAAUCAAUUUUAGUAACUGAUUUUAACAUUUAUAGUUCAACUGUUUAGCAUUACAAUGUAAUGCAACGUAUAUUGUAAUAAAGUUUGACUUUUAAGUUUUGAUUUGAAAUUAUUCGUUCAGGAGUAGGGAGCACAAUAGCACGAAUGGAGGUGUGCUGGGAGACUCGGGAAGGAGUGUGGGAAGAAGCCAGGGGAUUGGUGUUCUUAGCUUUCAUUCCCUGGGCCAAAAAGUGUCUGCAGAUUGACAGUCCCUGGGGCACCAGUUCAGCAGCUGAAGUCACAAGUAGCCUCUUGAACACACACACACACACACACACACACACACACACACACACCUCUGGGCCCACCAGAAUCAGGACGCUUCUUCACCUCUGGGAGCAAGAGCCUGGGCGACUGCCAUGGCCUUCCCCUCCUCUCAGCAAGUCCUCAGUGGAAAUGCUUGUGCAGGACAAAAAGACCCAUGGCCCUUUAGAUGCAUGAUCAUUGUGUCAACCAAGACAGCUGCCAGCGACAGAGUUUGAGUAGCAAUAUCUGGUUCAGGCCCAUCAAAAGCAGGGGGUGGGUGGCUAUAGACAGAGCCUGCCCACGGGGCUCACCUUUCCUCUUGACUUUGCAGAAAUGCUCUCCAGAUUAGUCCUCCUACAUGGGAAAUUAAUGUACCUGGCAGUCCCCCUUUGUCUGAGGAUUCACUUGAUGGAGCAGGGAAGCAAAGAUGUUCACAGGGGAUCUUGGAGAGACCAAGGUCAGAUUUGCUUAAUUUCCAGUCCUCUCAGCUGGAGAGUGUUACCUGAAGCCUCUGGACAUGAGGACGGAGAAGGGAAGAGAUAGGAAACUCAUAGCAAGCACCUUGUCUAAACUGCACAUUAUCUUUUUAAACCUGUGAAUCUGUUGUGCAAGAUUCAUUUAAGGUAAACAUUUGGGAGCAAGAGCCUGGGCGGCUGCCAUGGCCUUACCCUCCUCUCUCAGCAAGUCCUCAGUGGAAAUCCUCG